AUGAACUUUGAGGUCUUCGGUACCUCAUCGCUCAACUCUGACAAACUAGACAAAGACCCAAGUCAUCUGCACAACUGCACUUUUUGCUUCGAUGCCGGCCUCAAUCAAGCCUUGUUCAAUUCUUUGGCAGGGCUAAUGCGCAGACGUGCUACUACUUUUAAUCGACAGCUUCAGCAAAGGCGACAGCGAUACCUGAGUAGCGAUGACGAUGAGUUUUCGAGGGACCGGGCAGCUGGUUCUACCAUCGCUGGCGCGGCUGAAGACGAUGAUUUUUCCGAUGAUGAGUUGGUCACGGGUGAUAAUAGUCUUGUGGAUAAAGAAGCUACGGAUGGCGCUACUGCUACAGUGACGAAACCUGCAAGCAAAGGAGUGCCCUUAGGGACUUCUUUAGGACAACACUUGGAACCCCAGGGUGCCGAUGAAGAAGAUCUGACCACUGAAAGACAGCGAAGUCUGACGGCCCUACUUUAUCUGCGUGCAAUGUCAUUCUCAUUUGCCUUGACAGACUCCUUCAUGUCGCAGGCAAUCGAGCAUCUCGAGGAAGAAGGUGAAAAGCAAAGUAAAGAAGAGAGCGAGGAUUAG